UUUGUUUAUUGUUUUCGUUUGCCUUUUCGCUUAAAUUUUAUCAAUAAAUAAUUCGGUUUUCCAUAGUGUUAAUUUGCAUCAUUUUUAUUAAUUAGAAAUAAUUAUUUAGUGUGUUUCAAUUUAAUAUUAACAGUGGAAAUUUCAUUUCAAAUUAUGACCGACGAUUCGUGGCGAACUCACGCCUUCAGGCAGAAUGUUAUAACAAAAAUUGAAGAAGCCAUUCGUCAAUCCGGAAUGAACACUUCUAGAAACAGCGUCGAAAUGGAAAAUCAUGUGUAUCAAAAAGCGAAAAACAAAGAGGAAUAUUUAAGUUUUGUCGCCAGACUUAUCCUACAUGUCAGAGAAAUGAUUCCAAUUAUAGACAGCAAAAAAGGACAACCCGGACCAAUGGGCGGAGUACCAGGAGCGCAACAACAACAACCGCCCGGAAUCCAAGAUCCCAUCAACGCCCUACAAAAUUUAGCCAGUCAAGGCAGCAGAAAUUCCAUGGUCAUGAGCGGCCCGCCCCAGCCUGGGCAAAUGGGCGGCCCAGGACAGGGCGGCAACAGCCUGAUGCAGCCGAUGAACCAGCGGCAAAUCAUGAUGGGCGGCGGUAUGCCCGGAAGUAUGCCCAUGCAAGUGGGACCGCAAAACAUGAACAUGCCGCCCAACAAUCAAAUGCCCGGACAGAUGCCUAUGCAGUUGCAAGGGCCGAUGGGUGGACAGAUGGGCGGACAAAUGGGUGGCGGAAUGCAGAUGCAAGGACCUGGUGUAGGACCAGGACAAAUGGGACCUGGACAAAUGGGACCCGGACAAAUGGGACCCGGACAGAUGGGACCUGGACAGAUGGGUCCGGGUGGCAUGCAAAUGGGCCCUGGUGGGAUGCAAGGCCCAAUGAAUCCUCAAAUGAUGGGUGGAAUGCCUCAACUCCAACAGCCUAAACCGCCAAAUCAGCCCAAUCAAAUGCUCCUAAACCCAACUAUGAUGGGCAGCGGAGGUUACGUCAGACAACCAGGCCCUGGUCAAAUGUACGCCCAAUCGCCUUUACAAUCUGUCCAAAGUCCUGCAGGAGGAGGACUGUCGCAGCCGCCCAGCGCGUCUCCUGCGCCCAGUCCUGGAGCUCCUAUGGGCAUGAUGGGCGGUCCCAGACCUCAGUGCAUGGCACCAAGUCCAGGAGCUUCGUUGAAUACCCCUGGCCAACCCGGUCACAGUCCUAUGGGCGCUGGCGGGCCUAUGACUGAUGAACAAGCUUAUAGAGAAAAGGUCCGGCAGCUUAGCAAGUAUAUUGAGCCUUUGAGGAAAAUGAUUGCUAAGAUGGGCAAUGACGAUGUUGAAAAAAUGAGUAAAAUGAAAAAAUUACUAGAGAUCCUAUCAAAUCCCCAACAACGUAUGCCACUUGAUACAUUAAUCAAGUGCGAAAUUGUAUUGGAAAAAAUCGAUUUUAAAAGAAACGAUGGCUCUGUUAAUGCUACCUCAGCGCCACAUCUUCCCUUUAAAGAACCUCACGUAUUUCACUCAUUACUGGACGCAGUAGCUCAAAACCUACAAAGUCCAGUAAUCAAUCAUACUUUACAUAGAACAUUUGGGCCUACUUUAGAUGCCUUAUUUGGACCAGAAUUUAAAUUGGUUCCAAUACUAAAAAAAGCCACUCUAGAAGAACCGACAAGUGACAUUCCAGACGUACUUCAAGGCGAAAUUGCCCGUUUGGAUCAAAGAUUUAAGGUCAGUUUGGAUCCCAACCAGCAACCAGGGACUAAAAGCAUUCAGCUGACUUGCUGGCUGGAUGAUAAGCAAUUGCCAUGUGUCCCACCAAUUUCCCUAACAAUUCCAGAAGAUUAUCCGAAAGAAUCUCCCACCUGUCACAUGGCAUCGCACGAGUACAACGCAACGAAAUUCCUGUCCGACGUCCAAACUGCUUUGUUGGCGCGCAUAAAAAAGUUGCCGAAAAAUUUUUCAGUGUCCCAACUGUUGGACACAUGGGAGAUGAGCGUGAGACAGGCGUCGGCACCGGGCAACGCUGUAGAAGUGAAUGCUUUCGCUAUACUUAUGGGGCUAUGAUAAUUUGUGUGUAUUUGUUACAUUUUAAUCUCUAGCAAAUAGUUUGGUAAAAUAGAUUCAAUAAUCAUUAUUCACAAUAUGUACAAACUCCAUACACCAAAUUAUUCUCAGAUUUGGAGCCGGAUUCUAUGAAUAAAGGCACUCGGAGAAUUGUGAAAUUGAUAAAUUCACUGCAAAUUGCUUAACGCGAUUUUAUUUCUGGAACUAUAAGUACAAAUGAGCUGAAAUUUUCAGGGAUUGUAGUCCUUUACUGGAAUAAGAAUCGCUGAAAAUUUCAGCUUUAUAUCUUUAUUAGA